ACAGCGCGCGUUUGCUGAACGACUCAGAAGAAUGGAGGAAAGGACGACUGAAGUUGUUUUUAAAAAGGAGACUGUCGGCAAACUACUGUCACUCUUUUUCAAGGAUGAAAAAACUAAAGUCAGUGGUGACGCUGUCAUCCUAAUGGCCGAGAUGUUGAAGAUCUUUGUGGAAGAAGCAGCCCGGAGGUCUCAGAAGCAGGCGGCUGCGGAGGAUUGUGACGUUGUGGACAUUGAGCACUUUGAAAAGAUCCUGCCCCAACUGCUCCUGGAUUUCUGAUAGUUUUUGGCUGUCCAAGAAAAGUUUACUUUUGAUAUUACUAAGGUCUAAAUACAGUGUGCUCUACAUUGCUGUUCAUAGUUUAUACUUCUGCAAUAAAUGUUGAACAUUUUCUGCACUUGAGUGAAUGUUCAAGGGGUUCAGUGGUGAUAAAUAUGGGAAAAGCCAAAGUGUUUGUAUGUAAGUAUCCCUCAGCAUGCGCUUCAAA